CUUUCUCCGCUUCCGGUCCUCGAUUCGCCGUGAUCGGUGAAUGGCUGAGUCACAAAAAGCCGCUGCCGCCUGCCGAUGCGGAGGCCAUGGCUUGGGCUGCCCCCUCUUUACCCUCCGAUAAAUCUCGGUUUAUCUGUAUAUAUCCAGCCUACAUAAAUAACAAGAAGACAAUAGCAGAAGGAAGAAGAAUACCUCUUGACAAAGCUAUUGAAAAUCCUACAUCUACGGAAAUUCAAGAUGUUUGUGCAGCAGUUGGUCUUAAUGUGCUUUUGGAGAAAAACAAAAUGUAUUCCAGGGAAUGGAACCGUGAUGCGCAAUAUAGGGGUAGAGUUCGCAUUCAGCUGAAGCAGGAUGAUGGUAGUCUAUGUCAGCCUCAGUUUCCAACACGUAAGGCAGUGAUGUUAUAUGCAGCAGAAACAAUUCCCAAACUGAAAACAAGAACACAGAAAAUGGGAGGCAGUGACCCAAGUCUACAGCAAGGAGAAGGUGGCAAAAAAAAUAAAGGAAAAAAGAAGAAAUGAAUAUGACAUGGACUAAUACUAUAUGUUCAGUUGAAUAUGGUUACAGAAGAAUAAUGACUUCAAAUGACAGUUGGACAGACCAAUGAAAACAUGCAAAGCUAUUUUGUGAUAGUUUUUGAAUUAGAAUGAGUUUCAUUUUACAUAAAAUUAUGGUUGAACCAUUUGGGAACAGAAAAUCCUUUUCUAGUAUCUAAAACAUAUGAGAAAAGAAUGUUUUAAUGUAUUGAACUAUAUGUACAAAUGAGUGCAAAGCUGUUUGUUUUUGCCUUGGACACAUUUUCAUUUGAUAAUUGUACAAUGAAAAUACAUUAUCACUGUGAUCUUGGGCUUCUGGAACAAUUUCUUUAUUACAAUAAACAUGUUUGAAUUAAACUGUUUAAACUGUUUUAAUUGCUAAACUGUUUCCAGUUAUAUCAUUUUUUUGAUGGAGGUCAAUAAACUGCCAUGCCUGGGAGAAUUACAACAUCUCUAUUUCAUGGGGAAUUGCAGGGAAAGUACUCAUAAACUACUGUUUAUAUCAAUAUAUUUUCUAUAGAUGUCCAAUGGAAUAAUUUUAAUUUAAAUUACAUAGUUGAACUUUUUUUUUCUUUUUAAGUGCCAAAAUAUCUAAGAAUGUCUAAAAUAUUUUUUAAAAGAAAACAUUGGUAACAAUAGUUGAAAAGUCCAUAGACCCAGGUUUGGUUCAGCACUGUAUGUAUAAUAAUUAUAAUAUGUUUUUUAAAAA